UGGACGCUUGAGUCGUACUUAUUCACCUUCCUUUCCCCCUCCGACUCCAAUAGUCACUCACUUCCACCUCUCCACUGCCUCCUUCGUUCAUUAGAAAACAUGUGUGGCAUUUUCGCCUGCUACCGACACCCCGAUGUGCAAACCUUCAAGCCCACGGCCUUGAAGAUGGGCAAGGCCGUCCGACAUCGGGGUCCUGAUUGGAGUGGCAAUUGGAUCGCAAACGACACAAUUUUGGUCCACGAGCGACUAAGCAUCGUCGGUGUUGACUCUGGCGCUCAACCGCUUGUCAACGAGGAGGGAACCAUUUCCCUGGCCGUCAAUGGCGAGAUUUACAACCAUCGCAUUCUGCGCAAGACGUUGAAGAAGACGUAUAACUUCAAGACGCACUCAGAUUGCGAGGUCAUCAUUCCGUUGUACCUCGAGCAUGACAUUGAUACCCCUCGCCAUCUCGAUGGCAUGUUCUCCUGGGUCCUCCACGACAAGACCCAAGACAGAGUUCUCGCAGCAAGAGAUCCUAUCGGCAUCACGACCUUCUACAUGGGCAGGUCGAGCCAGACUCCUGGCGCAGUUUUCUUCGCCUCCGAGCUGAAGUGCUUGCACCCCGUGUGUGAUGAUAUCAUCUCCUUCCCUCCUGGCCACAUCUACGACUCCAAGACCGACAAGCUCACUCGGUACUAUGACCCCAAGUGGUUGGUUGAGCCGGACAACAUCCCGACCGCGCCAGUCAACUACAAGGAGCUCAGGGAAACGUUGGAGAAGUCAGUGCGGAAGCGAUUGAUGGCCGAGGUGCCUUAUGGUGUGCUUCUAUCCGGUGGUCUGGAUUCCAGCUUGGUAGCCUCGAUCGCUCAGCGCGAGACUCUGCGUUUGAACGAGCAGGCGAAGCAACGGGCUCGGGGCGCCAACGGACAUGAGCAUGACGGCGAUCUCGUCGGUAUCGACGACAACAACGAGUUAGCCACCGUUCAAUUGCUUCCCCAGUUGAACUCCUUCUCGAUCGGUCUACCCAACGCCCCGGACGCCGUCGCCGCGAAGAAGGUCGCCGAUUUCCUUGGGACCCGGCAUCACACCUUCACCUUUACCAUUGAGGAGGGCCUCGACGCCCUCUCGGACGUCAUCUACCACCUCGAAACCUACGACGUGACCACCAUCCGCGCCUCCACCCCCAUGUUCCUCCUGUCCCGCAAAAUCAAAGCCAUGGGCGUGAAGAUGGUGCUCUCCGGCGAAGGCAGCGACGAGAUUUUCGGCGGCUACCUGUACUUCCACAACGCGCCCGACAAAGCCGCACUCCACAAGGAAACCAUCCGCCGCGUCAAAAACCUGCACUUAGCAGACUGCCUACGCGCCAACAAGUCGACGUCGGCAUGGGGCGUUGAGGCCCGCGUGCCCUUCUUGGACAAGCAAUUCCUCGAAGUCGCCAUGAACAUCGACCCCGCAGAGAAGAUGAUCACAAAGGAGCGCAUCGAGAAGUACAUCCUGCGCAAAGCCUUCGACACCUCCGACGAGCCCGACACGGCGCCCUACCUGCCCGACGAGAUUCUCUGGCGCCAGAAGGAGCAGUUCAGCGACGGUGUCGGGUACGGCUGGAUCGACGCGCUCAAGGACACCGCCGAGCUGCGUGUCACGGACGAGAUGAUGAAGAACCCCAAGCCCGAGUGGGGCGACGACAUUCCCGAUUCCAAGGAGGCGUAUUGGUAUAGGACCAUGUUUGAUGAGCAUUUCCCAGCCUAUUGUGCAAAGACGGUCAUGCGGUGGACGCCGACUUGGAGUAACCAGACGGAUCCUUCGGGACGUGCUAUUGCGAUCCAUCAGCAGAAAUACGACGACGUGAAAUAAGACGAUUGUCGCUUCCAGCGAUUCAGACCACUGGAUAUAGAUAGGCCAUUGGAAGUGUCGCGGUCAUGAUAUCCCCUGAGCGAUUCACUGCGAUGGAUAAGACCACGGGUGGCCCGUCGGCUUCCCCAUCCAUGUUUUGCAGUGUCGUGAUAUAGACUGUUUCCGUCCUUUAUUGGGGGCAACAAGGGAGAGGCGGGAGAAGGUUUCUGUCACUCACUCGUUUGUACGUCUUGCUGUCUCGUUCUUGGUCGCACCACCUUUUUGAGCUUUUCUGAUCGACGCGGGCAAUGUACAUAGAGCAAUGAUAAAUUCAAGUAACGAUGAAGAUGGAUUUUU